AUGUUCUCUCGUGCCGUCCGCCCGGCCCUCAGGGCUGGCAGUGCUGCUGUUACUCGCACUGCCCCGCCCAAUGCCGCCAACUUCGCGACCCUGCGUGAAAUUGAGGGCCGUCUCAAGUCCAUCAAGAACAUCGAGAAGAUCACCAACACUAUGAAGAUUGUUGCCUCGACCCGUCUCACUCGUGCCCAGAAGGCUAUGGAUGAGUCUCGUGCCUACGGAGAGACUUCCAACACCGUCUUCGAGAAGGCUGAGACUAAGCCUCUGGAGGACCAGAAGACUCUGUUCGUCGUUGCUAGCUCCGACAAGGGUCUUUGCGGUGGUAUUCACUCUGGUCUGAGCAAGGCCACUCGUCGCAUGCUGGAGACUCACCCCAAUGCCGACAUCGUCAUUCUCGGCGAGAAGGCCAAGGCCCAGCUGACCCGUUUCGCUCCGGAGAAGAUCCUCAUGAGCUUUUCCAACGUCUGCAAGGAUAUUCCCACCUUUGCCGAUGCCCAGGCCAUCGCCGACCAGAUCUCCCUCCUGCCCACCGACUACAGCAGCGUCAAGAUCGUCUACAACAGCUUCAUCAACGCCCAGAGCUACGAGGCCACCACCAUCGAAGCUUUCUCCGAGGAGACCAUCACCCAAUCCGCCAACAUUUCCGCCUUCGAGAUUGACGAUGAGGCCCUUGCUGGUCUCCGCGAGUACGCCCUUGCCAACAACCUCUACUGGGCCAUGGCUGAGGGCCACGCCUGCGAGAUCUCCGCUCGUCGCAACGCCAUGGAGAACGCCUCCAAGAACGCUGGAGAGAUGAUCAACAAGUUCCAGAUUCUUUACAACCGUCAGCGUCAAGCCGCCAUUACCGGUGAGCUGGUUGAGAUUAUCACCGGUGCCACCGCUUCCGCGGACAUGUAGAAGCCU